GGAUUUCAGUCAUUAAGAGCAACGGAGGCAAACAGCUGACAUGGACUCUUCACUGCGUUACCCAGGCAAGGUGGUGAUCGUGACUGGUGGCACCUCAGGCAUUGGUUUGGCUACCGUGAAAGAAUUUGUUCACCAGGGAGCCAAUGUGGUCUUCUCUUCAAAAGCAUCUGAUGCACAAAAGGGACAAGAGAUUCAGAGGGCACUGCAGGCUUCUGGGUGCCCAGGAAAUGCUUGCUUCCAGAUCUGUGAUAAUCGGAAAGAGUCAGACAUUAAGAGGUUGAUUCGGAUCACUGUAGAACGUUAUGGAUGCCUGGACUGCCUAGUGAACAAUGCUGGAGAUGGUUAUAAAGAAUUGUCAGAUGAUGUGACUGCCCAAGACUUCGAAAAUCUCAUGAAACUCAAUACUCUGAGCUAUUUGUUGUUAUCCAAGUAUGCACUGCCCUACUUAAGGCAAACGAAAGGAAACAUCAUCAACAUGGCCAGCCUUUUUUCUACUAUUGGGUUCAAGGAUGCACUGUCAACGAUUGUGACCCAGGGCGGUGUGAUUGCAAUGACCAAAGCCCUGGCCAUCGAUGAGAGCAAAUACGGAGUACGCGUCAACAGCAUCUCACCAGGUAAUAUCUGGACUCCUUUGUGGAAAAGGGAAGCAAAUCGAUUUAAGGAUCCAAAGGCCGUAGUCCAGGAAGGUGACAGUCAACAGCUAAUGGGACGCAUGGGGACCCCAGAAGAGGUGGCAUUGGCUAUUCUAUUCCUUGCCGCAGAUGCAACUUUCUGCACUGGUCUGAACCUUCUGAUUACUGGUGGAGCUGAAAUUGGCUUUGGAAUAAAGUAUCCGACGAAUCCUGAGACUUCUCCAAUUGAUCUUGGGAAUCUGAAGGACCCUCCUCCUUCGAUCUGUAGACCCACAAAGAUGGUUGUGGAUAAGGGCAAUGAGUACCACUGUCAUUGAUUCAAAGUCAAUAUUUAAACUUCAUUAAAUGCUUCCUGUCUAUGUUUUCUACUUGAUUUCCCUUGACCAACAAUUGUGCCUGUUCUUUUUCCAAAUCCCAAUAUCUGAUGAUGACAGAGUUCAAAGAAAAGAGUUGUCAUAAAAAUGUUGUUGCUGUUUGGCUUUAAUACAUGAAAAUGAGUUUGCAGCAUCAGGGCUUGCCUUUCCUAGCUGUGCAGAAGAGGCUUCAAAAGGCAGAAAGAACACUCAAGUCCUCGCUUGCACAAGAGGGUUCAUGUCUUGGGCAGGGUGUUAAUUUGAUCCCUGAUGUUUGAACAAUGUUAACAGGUUGUUCCCCAAGCUGGUGGGAAGUUCCUUACCCAAUCCAAAGGCAGGGACUCUGCUCCCUCCUGAAAUAAGAGAACCCCCAUCCCUCAGUCAUUUGAAAAGGCCAUGUCUCCCAGUUCAUGUUUUAAUGACACCUAUCCAUCUUGCCCUUCCUGGCAGGUACAGUAGAUGGUUAUCUCAUCACAGAAAUGUGUCUUCUCUCUUGCUUAUGCUUUGUGCAUUUUAUGGCUCUCUUCCCUGGGAAAGUGAAAAGCUCCCAGAGCCCUUGCAGAGCAGUAGCUAUGAUAUCACUGAGACUUUUUUUUUUGCUGAGUUUGCAAACAAGUUGAGCUCAAGCACGUUUUAACCACCUAUGAACUCUGUUUCAAGUGGCUUUCAUCUUGGACAGUUAGCUGAACCAGUUACAAGAAAAAGUAGAUUGAUUUCUUUUUAAGAGAAACUAAAAGCUGAGAUUGGCCUUCUUAUCUGACAUUACUAAGAUUUAGAGAUAAGAUAAGAAAAUAGGCACUCCUGUGACAGCAAAUUAGAUUUCUCUGGAUAGAAGUCUCAGAAGAAUAGGUGAGAUUUCUUGUGGGUAUCUUGGGCUUUUUGAUUAUCCCUUAAAGCAAUAAGACAACCAACUGAAACCUGAUUUGCUUUUAAAACUAUUACUUGCUAAAAAGUAAUGAUAGCUCACUUCUUCAUGCUUGUUAUUUCCUUCUGUCUACCUCAUUAAAAAAUAACUUCUUAUCUCAAUAAAAGAUAAAAGUUG